AAUGGAUUUAGAAAAUGAGGCUGUCAAAAUUUAUCAAAAAUAUAUUGAAGAAGAUAUUGAUUUGCCAGUUUCACUAGCUGCAAUUAAGACACUAAUCCACAUUAUUGAGGUAUCUAAAGCUGAAACAAUGCAGGGAUUAGAUGGUGAUUUGAAUAUUGUGAUUAAUCAUCUCAAAGCAAAUAAAGUAAGUUUAGAUUCUGUAACAUCUUUCACCUCUGGAUGUGAGUUGCUGAAACGUACUAUAACUUUAAAAGCAAACGAGGCUCUUUUAUCGAAAGACUUUUCUGUAACCAAACAAGUCCUUGUAGAGGGUGGACUUUUAUUUUUAAAUAAUGCUAUAAAUGCAAAAUAUAAAAUUGCACAAUUAAGUCAACAGUUUAUUAAAGAUGGAUCUGUCAUUUUGACACAUGCCAGUUCAAAAGUGGUUAUUCAGUUACUAAUUGAAGCAUCAUUACAAAAUAAGCGUUUUACAGUUUUUUGCACAGAGACAAUGCCUAACAAACAAGGUUGGAAGACAUAUAACAUUUUAAAGAACAAUGGUAUUUCAUGCAUGGUAAUACUAGACUCUGCUGUUGGUUAUAUAAUGGAAAGAGUUAAUAUGGUGCUGUUGGGUGCUGAAAAUGUGGUUGAGAGUGGUGGAAUAAUAAACAAAGUAGGAAGUUUUCAGUUAGCUGUUGUAGCGAAGGCAAUGAACAAACCUGUUUAUGUUGCUGCUGAAAGUUUUAAAUUUGCACGAGUAUAUCCAUUGAAACAGAAAGAUAUCUCAAACAUAUUUAAAUACAAAUCAAAUGAAGACGGACAUCCCAUGACUGAUUACACGCCUCCGUCAUACAUUACUCUUCUAUUCACAGACUUAGGAAUUUUAACUCCUUCUGCUGUUAGCGAUGAACUAAUAAAGUUGUAUAUGUAAAUUUUAAUUACAAAAAAAAUUUAAUAUUA